AUGUUUGGCUGCCCUUCAGAGCCUCUCCGCGCCGCAGACGUGGCUAUCUAUUUAGGAACCUCGAAAACAACGGCUGAGCAACUUCAGAGGCAUGACGAUGAACAUGACAAAUAUGGCAAAACGAUUUCCUCCGUCCUUUUGCUCUCCAAUGGACAUGCUGAAGGUUAUAAUUGUAAGGAAAACGUUCCCGAAAAAAUUCAAGUAUUUCUGGCAAAUGCCAUAAAUUCAAAGCGUAAGGAAUACAACAGCGGGACAGAGUUUGACUGCUCUCUUGCAGGAGAAGCCUUCACACAUGAAUACCAAAGCAAAGUACAUGACGGCUUCCAUUCGAUAGUCGAAAGAAAUCUCGAAGAAGCUAUCACAG